AUGACAAAUUCUACAACACGUCAACCUGUUGUACUUCAUGUACCAACAACAACAACAAUUACAAAUGAUUAUAAUCAACAAUCACAACAAAUUAUUUUUAGUAGUAGUAAUGGUGAAAGAAAACAAGCUCAACAAAUAUUUUUUAUUAAUAAUAAACCAUAUAUUAUUCAACAAAAACUUACACAUGAUCAAUUAUCACAACAAAGAUUGGUUCUAACGCCAUCAAUAACUCAAUCAGAUGGUGUUCGUAAUCAAGUUGAAACAGUUAAUGGUGGUCAACCUUUUGAUGCUAUUUCAAUUUAUUCAUGUGGUUACAAGUAA